AUGGAUCAGCGUUACGGCAACCAAGGUUACGGAGAUGGGCGCCAACCAGGUGAGGCUUCUUCCUACUAUGGUGGCCAGCCCAACUCUCAACAUCCUCCUUACUCUGGUGGUCCGGAGGGACAACAAGGAUAUGGUCAGCAAGGAUACGGACAACAAGAGUACGGGCAACAAGGAUACGGACAGCCCAGCAAUCCUCAAUACGGCAAUGCAUAUGGCUCCGGUCCUAGAGAUCAGUACGGCGAACGUCAGAAUGAGGGGCCUUAUCAUUCCGGUCCCCCAAAUGCCGGCCCAGGAGAAGACGGAGAUCGCGGUCUGAUGGGAGGACUUGCUGGUGCUGCCGCCGGCGCUUAUGGUGGACAUAAAAUGGGCCAUGGAAUCAUCGGAGCUAUAGGUGGUGCCAUAGCUGGUCACAAGCUGGAGGACUUCGUUCAUGAUCGAAAGGAUAAGAAGGAGGAAGAAAAGCUACAUCACCAGCUUUCAUCACCGCCGCCUGCUUAUUCCGACUCUCACCACCAUGGUCAUCACGGAGGAAGUCAUUCUCCAAGCCGAGACAGAUCGAUUGGAAACCAUGACGGUAACUUUUCCGCCUCGUCGCAUGAUAUCCAUCUCGAAGGAGACUACGACCUUCGCGCAAACUGCUCACGUCGAGAAGGAGGAAGCCACGUAAGCAUCCUAAACCUCAACGAAAUUCUUAGCAAUGACGACGGUCAUUUCCGCUGGGCAAGUGGAGGGUCUGGUUCCAGCACCAUAACGGUACAGCAGGGUGAUACCUUGAGAGAGAUUGCUAGACGGUGUAAUUGUAGCUUCGAGGAUAUCGCUAGGAAGAAUAACAUCGCUAAUCCUGACAUGAUCUACCCGGGACAAACCCUACAAGUGCCGGGCCGAUCGACCGGAAAUUUUAGCGCUUCGGCUCGGGAUAUCCAUCUCGUCGACGGCGGACGGGUCCUAGAGGCGGAACUAGUGGAUACUAGAGGACAGUGGCAUCGGCGCCGGAUUGAUUUGGACGAGCGCAUCGGAAACUCGGAUGGACACUUGCGCUUCGUCUAA